AUGGCCGAACAAAUUGAGCGCGCCUUCCAAAAGCAAGGAGGAGUCUUCCAGAACACGAAAGCCCGCAUCCUCGGCAUCGGCAAGGGCAAGAAGCAAGCACGCUACAUCCGCGACGUCGGACUCGGAUUCAAGCCCCCAGUUGAGGCCAUCGAGGGCAAGUACGUCGACAAGAAGUGCCCGUUCGCCGGAAAUGUCUCGAUCCGCGGCCGCAUCUUGACCGGCAUCGUCACGAAGACGAAGAUGCAGAGGACGAUCGUCAUCCGACGGGACUACCUCCACUACAUCACCAAGUACCGCCGGUUCGAGAAGAGGCAUCGCAACCUCUCCGCCCACUGCUCCCCCGCUUUCCGCGUCGAAGUCGGUGACCUCGUCACCGUCGGACAUUGCCGCCCCCUCGCCAAGACCGUCACCUUCAACGUCGUCAAAGUGAACCGAGGCCCCGGCAGCAAAAAAGCUUUCGACAAAUUC